GUCGGCCCUGCCCCUCCGAUGUAGAGGAACCAAUGGGCUAAGAGAAUAAGGCCGGUCUUCUGACGUCAUCGUAUCUGGCCAAUCAAAGGACGCGUUGGUGGGACGCCUCACGGAGGGCGCGCCCAGAGGAAGGAAGGCAGGAGAAAGGAAGCUGGCAGUCAAGAUGGAGACAGCUAAUUGCUCCGCUGCCGUCGUAGGGAACGGGGACGUGGUGUCCCAGCGGGAGCGGAGCCUGCUGCCUGAGCGGCUUCAGAGGCGAGACCAAGAGAGGCAACUGGAGGCGGAAAGGCGGAAGCAAAAGCGGCAGAACCAGGAGGUGGUGGAGGAGAAGAGCGACUUCUUCACGGCCGCCUUCGCCCGGGAGCGAGCAGCGGUGGAAGAGCUCCUGCAGGGCGGGGAGUCGGUCGAGCGGCUGGAGGAGGCGGCCGCUCGGCUCCAGGGGCUCCAGAAACUCCUCAACGACUCGGUUUUGUUCCUGGCCGCCUACGAAGUGCGGCAGGCCCAGGAGGCGCUAGCGCAGCUGCAGGCGGCCCUGGCCGACCGGCGCCAGCAGCUGCAGCCCAAGAAGCGAUUCGCUUUCAAGACCCGGAGGAAGGAUGCUGACUUGGCCCCCAAAGCAGUAGAUGCGGCUCCCGGCGCCGCGGAGGCGGAAGGCACCCUGGCCUCCCCGCCCUCCCUGAUCGAGGAGGGCGCUAGCUGGCUCUGCGGCUUCUCCAACCUCAAGUCCCAAGUCUUGGAGAAGAGAGCGGAGGAGUUGCACCAGCGAGACGUCCUUUUGACCGAACUGAGCGAUUGCACGAUCAGACUGUACGGCAAUCCCAACACCCUGCGGCUGAGCAAGGCCCGGCGCUGCACGUUGCUCUGCGGGCCGGUGUCCACGUCGGUGUUUCUGGAUGAUUGCAGUGAGUGCGUGCUGGCCGUGGCCUGCCAGCAGCUCCGGGUACACACCACGAGGGACACCCGCAUCUUCCUGCAGGUGACCUGCAGGGCCAUCGUGGAGGACUGCCACGGCAUCCGGUUCGCCCCUUACACCUGGAGCUACCCGGGGAUCGACCGAGACUUCGAGAGCUCUGGCUUAGAUCGGAGCAAAAAUAACUGGAGCGACGUGGACGACUUCAACUGGUUGGCGCGGGAUGUGGCCUCCCCCAACUGGAGUGUUCUUCCCGAGGAAGAGCGAACGAUCCAGGAGGACUAAGUACUUGCUACUCUUUUCUUCACUGACACCAAAUUCUCCCCGUGUGGGACGGACCCCAAGGUUUACUUAUCAUUGUCACGGAGUGUGUGGUUUCAGUAAUUAAGACUUAAAGUUGUGAUAGGCGAUUUGUGAUUUCCAUUAAAUUCGCGACAGGUAUAACACUUUUAUUUUUGCUACUUGGAUAACUAUUGCUCGUAUUUGCCUGUGGCAGUUUGAAGCCAUAGCGGGGAAAGAGUGUGGUUCUCUGUUUUGUUUUUAUUGGUGGUAUUUAUAACUUACUGCAUGAUAAAGCAGGCCUUCAAUAAAUAUUUAAUAAAUGAAUGCCGCAGGCGCUGGUAAGAGGCAGUGAAUGUGGAAUGAUGGUACCGAACCCGUGCCAGGUACCAUUAAGGAGAACCUUUUGGGCUGAGUGUUCCCAGCAGGGUGCCCCUCUGUGGUCUUCAGCUACACAUUAGCUUGAGCUUCUGGAACCCAGCUGGUCAUUGACUUGUUUGGGUCCAGAAGUUCGGCUUGGACCUCCAGAGGCUCAUGAGUUUUCCCAACUGUAAAGCCAAAACUAUUGUAGCUACCAAUUUUCUGUGCAUUUAAAAUGUCACAGACACUGUGCUAAGUACCUUACUCAAAUGCACUUAGUAAGGCCUCAAAUUCGUAUGAGGUAGGUCCGCAUACACUGCUUUUCAAGCGAGGAAACAUAAGUGUGUUGCUCGAGGUCUCGCAUGCUGGUGGACUGGAAUCUAAACAGUUGGCUCCAGCGCCCAUCUUCUGAACCCGCUACAAGACAGUGAUUUUGAAUUGUGUUGCGUUGACAAGAGGCGUGCAAAAUAAUUAAAAAGGGCAAAUUGCUUUUUAGAAAAAUAUCUUUUUAUUGAUUUCAGAGAGGGAAGGAAGAGGGAGAGAGAGAGAAACAUCAGUGAUGAGAGAGAAUCAUUGGUUGGCUGCCUCCUGCACGCCCCCCACUGGGGAUCAAGCAUGGAACUGGGCAUGUGCCCUGACCACUGAGCCAUGCCAGCCAGGCAAAUUGGCAAAUUGCUUUUUUUUUUAACAGGCAUAAGUAUGGUAGGUUUCCUCAUACAAAGAAAUGGAGAUAGCCCUGGCAGGGUCGCUCAUUUGGUUCAAGUGUUACCCUAUAUGCCAAGGUUGUGGGUUUGAUCCUGGGUCAGGGCACAUACAAGAACCAACCAGUGAAUACGUAAAUAAGUGGAACAACAAAUCAAUGUCUCUCCCUUCCUCUCUCAAAAAAUAAAAAAAAAUUGAGGCAAACAUCUAACUCAGUCUGUUUUUUAAUGGUGUUAUCUAUAACCAUGUGAUGUUAUAUGUAACAUGACAUUGACAGACAUUAAAUGGCUAUCUAAAGAGAAGAGGGCAUGGAGACAAGAUCCAGCUCAGUUGUCAUUUUUCCACUUAUUUUGCUAUGAUUAUGGUUUCAACUUGGCUUUUUGCUCUAUACACUACCAUUCAUUAUUCUUAAAUGGCUAGUUGAAAGAUUUUUAAAAAGGUUUUUUGGGGUCUAAUGGCCUGUAACUAAUUGCUUUUUAUUUGAUAAUUGCCACAAUUAUUAAUGUGCUUGAAGUACCUGAAAGUAUCUGUAUGUUUAAUAUUUAUAUGUUCUAUCUUGUUCCAAAAAAGGAUUUAAAGUGGUUUCUAGGAUAUGUGAAAUGUAAUAAGAUAACAACUAAGGAGGAGGAGGAACAGAAUAGUCACAAAAUGGAGGCAGAAAAGAGGCCAAUGAAAGUGUAGCCUGCUGUCCUGGCUGAGUGGCUCAGUUGGUUGGAGCAUCGUCCUGUACACCAAAGUAUUGUGGGUUCAAUUCCUGGUCAGGGCACAUACCUCGGUUUUGGGUUUAAUCCCUGGUUGGGAAGGCAAUCAAUUGAUGUUUCUCUCUCACAUUGAUGUUUCUCUCUCCCCAUUCCUCUAUCUUUAAAAUCAAUAAAAACAUCCUCGAGUGAGGAUUAAAAAAAGAAGAAAAACAUA